AUGGUGAGCGUAUCAAAAGGUGAUCAUGUUUGGGUUGAUCCGCAGACCGGCAGUGAGUUCAAUGUUGAAAUUGGUGCUCGUGUGGUUGCUACGCAAACCGGACAAAUUAUCUUAAUUGAUGAUAAUGAACAAGAAUUGAAAUUUCCUAUUCAAACUAAAUUUCGUUUAAUGCAUAUAACAUCUAUUGAAGGUGUCGAUGAUAUGAUUUUAUUAGGUGAUCUUAAAGAAUCUGCUAUACUUCAUAAUCUUCAUAUGCGAUACAAAAAAAAUAUCAUUUAUACAUAUACAGGAUCAAUUUUAGUUGCUGUUAAUCCAUAUAAAUUAUUAAAUAUUUAUAAUAUUGAUUAUAUUCGUCAAUAUUCUAAUAGAAAAAUUGGUGAAUUAUCACCACAUAUAUUUGCUAUUGGUGAUAAUGCUUUUUGGAGUAUGCAACGUUAUCAACAUGAUCAAUGUAUUAUCAUUAGUGGUGAAAGUGGUAGUGGAAAAACAGAAUCAACAAAAUUAAUUUUACAAUUUUUGGCUGCAACUAGUGGACAGCAUUCAUGGAUUGAACAACAAAUACUUGAUGCUAAUCCAAUACUUGAAGCUUUUGGUAAUGCAAAAACAGUUCGAAAUGAUAACUCAUCUCGUUUUGGAAAAUAUAUUGAUAUACAUUUUGAUAAACGAGGAGCUAUUGAAGGAGCAAAAAUAGAACAAUAUUUAUUAGAAAAAUCUCGUAUUGUAUCUCAAGCUCGAGAUGAACGAAAUUAUCAUAUUUUUUAUUGUAUGCUAUCUGGAAUGUCAAAAGAAGAAAAACAAACGUUAGAUUUAACUGUAGCUAGUGAUUAUGUUUAUCUGAAUCAACUUGAUGGAACAAUUUAUUGUGAUAGUAGAGAUGAUGCAAAGGAAUGGUCAACAAUAAAAAGUGCUUGCAAAGUGUUAAUGUUUAGUGAUGAAGAAUUAAAUGAUAUACUUAGAUUAUUAUCAGCUAUUUUACACUUAGGAAAUUUAAAAUUUGAAGCAACAACUACUAAAAAUAUGGAUACAUGUGUAGUGUCUAAUACAAAUAUACUUCGAAUUAUUUCAAGAUUACUUAAAAUUGAUGAAAAUGGUCUUAGUAAUGGUCUAUUAAAUCGUACGCUACUUGCUCAUGGUGAAGCUGUUAUUACUCCACUUAAUCAAGAACAAGCUUUUGAUAUUCGUGAUGCAUUUGUUAAAGGAAUAUAUGGAAAAAUGUUUAUAUGGAUUGUUGAUAAAAUUAAUUCAGCCAUAUAUAAACCAAAAGAAGGAGCAGCAUAUCGAAAAAGUCUUGGAAUAUUAGAUAUAUUUGGUUUCGAAAAUUUUCAACGGAAUAGUUUUGAACAAUUAUGUAUAAACUACGCUAAUGAAAAUUUACAGCAAUUUUUUGUUCAUCAUAUAUUUAAACUUGAACAAAAAGAAUAUGAUAAUGAACAUAUUAAUUGGAAACAUAUAUCAUUUGAAGAUAAUCAAUCAAUACUUGAUUUAAUUGCAGUUAAACCAAUGAAUAUAAUUGCAUUAAUUGAUGAAGAAAGUCGUUUUCCAAAAGGUACAGAUCGUUCAUUAUGUGAUAAACUUCAUACAAAUCAUUCAAAAAAUGAACAUUUUAUACCAAGAAAAACUGACAAUGAUAUUCGUUUUGGUAUUCGACAUUUUGCUGGCCAUGUUUAUUAUGAUUGUGAAAAUUUUCUUGAAAAAAAUCGUGAUUCAUUUAGUCAAGAUCUUAUGAAAUUAUUACAAGAAACCAAAAGUAAAUUUUUAAAAAAUUUAUUCCUAAGUGAAUUUCAAAUGGGAACAGAAACAAGAAAACGUGCACCAACACUUGGUACACAAUUUAAAAAAUCACUUGAUUCACUUAUGACUAUAUUAUCAGCAUGUCAACCAUUUUUUAUUCGUUGUAUUAAACCAAAUGAGUAUAAAGCAUCAGAUAAUUUUGAUCGUGUAUUAGUAUGUCGACAAUUACGAUAUUCUGGUAUGAUGGAAACAAUAAGCAUUCGACGAAAAGGUUAUCCAAUACGUCAUUUAUUUCGAGAUUUCGUUGAUCGAUAUCGAUUAUUGGCACCAGGCAUUGGACCAUCACAUCGUGAAGGAGAUUGUCGAUCGGCAGCAGAGAAAAUUUGUAAAGCUGCCUUAGCUAAUCAAGAUUAUCAAAUUGGUAGAACAAAAGUUUUUCUUAAGGAUGCACAAGAUGUAUUUCUUGAACAAGCUCGUGAAAAAGUAAUGGCACGAAAAAUUCUUAUAUUACAAAAUACAAUUCGUCAAUGGAUUGCUCAUCGACAAUUUCUUGCUAUACGUCAAAGUGUUCUUCUUAUUCAACGUUAUUGUAAAAGUUAUCGUGAUGCUAGACGUUUUCAAAUUAUGUCAAAUGGUUUUACACGUUUACAAACAUUAUAUCAUACUCGUAUGUUAACACUUCGUUAUUCAAUUUUACGUUCACGUAUUCUUAAUCUUCAACGUUUUUGUCGUGGUUAUCUUGCUCGUCAAAAUUAUAGACGAAAAACAAAAGCUAUUGUUAUUUUACAAUCUGAAGUUCGACGUCAUAUUGCACAAAAACAAAUGCGUCGAUAUCGUAUUGAAGAAAAAAUGUAUCAUGAAGCUGAACAAGAACGAUAUGAAGAAGAAAAACGUUUAAUACCAACAUUAGGUGUUAAACGUGCUAAAGAAGAAGCUGAAAGAAAAUAUCAAGAACGUUUAAGAAUUCUUCAACGUGAAAUUCUUGAACAAGAACAUCUUGAACAACAACGUGCAAAAGAAAAACGUUUAUUAAUGGAAAGAAAAACUUAUACAGAUGAUAAUGAUUUAUUUAAUACUAUGUUUCCAUCAACUGGUGAUGAACGAAGAACACCAGUACAUCGUCCAACAACUAGUACAGCUGGUGGUAUGCAAUCAACAUUAGGAAAUAUACCACAAACAAUGGAUACUAUUGAACGAAUUGAUAAACCAUUACCAGUACCUUUUCAAGAUGAAGAUUUAAGAGAAUAUACAUUUGCCAAAUUUGCUUCAACUUAUUUUCAAGGCAAUGCAACACCAUAUUUUACUAGAAAAACUCUUAAACAACCAUUACUAGCAAUUAAAUCUGAACGAGAUCAAUUAGCUGCUUUGGCUAUAUGGAUAACAAUUCUUCGAUUUAUGUGUGAUCUACCUGAUGUUCGUACACCAAAUGUUUUACAAAAAAAACAAUCGAUUAUGACAAAAAUUCAUUCAACACUUGGUAGAAAAUUUAACAAAAAAGAUUUAGAAGAAGCACAAAAAUUAAAUGAAGCAAUUGAUAAUCAACCUCCUAUACCACCAACAGAUAAUUCAUUAUCUCUACAAACAAAUAAUAGUUUAUCUUCAGCGUCAAAUAAAACAACAUCACGUUCAGUUAAACAAAAAUUAGUUAAUAUGACAUUAAAAAGAAAAUCAAAAUUAUCUACGGAUGCUGCUAUGACACGUUUAAAAGAUUUNUGUGGGAUGGGCCCUGCUUUUCAUACAGCUCCUCACGUACCCACAUCCUCAAGUCUUUUUGUUUUUAAUGAGUAA